AUGUCAGAAUCAAAAGAGACCAGUAGAGCUGAGAGGCUGCAAGAGCUGGAUAAGUUGUUCCAAACCCUCAACUACACCCUGAGUCUGGAGAAGGACCUGCACAGUUCUAAAUGUAAAUCUGUGGGACAGGCACUCGCCUGGAUCGGAUCCAAACUGGACCUCACACUGACGCCUGAUCACAUCUCUCUCAGGGGAGUGAAACUGAUGUUCAGAAAAGUCAGAUGUCUGCACAAACUCAGAUUGAAUGACCUCAUGAUCACAAGACUGGCCAAAGCAUUGAGGACAGGAAGACAAUGUGCUCCAGUAACCGUUGACAACCUCAGUCUUGAGAUCAACAGUGCAGGCCGAUCUCCAAGAGCGCUGUCCAGGGUCCUGAGCUGCCUGGCUCUCCUCCUCAGGCUCUGGACAGUCCACUGUAUGGAUCUGAGCUCCUGCAGCAUUGAAAGCCAUUCUCUCAUCAUCCUUCUCAGUCUGCCGCGCCCUUUCAAGCUCAGACUACAUACAGGAGCUAUACAGCAGCUUGUUCAGCAGGUGUCUGAAGCUGAAGACAAGGAAAUUGUCAAAUCUUUCUUUGAUAAGGUGGGAGGCGACCUCAGUUCUUGCACUUUGACCCAGGAAGUGCUUCUGAAUCUGCUGCAGCACCACUGUGGACCUGUCACCGUGGACUACAGGAAAUGUGAGAUCGGAGAAAAGCACACCGUAGAACUCCUUCCUCUGCUGGACAAGCUACGAUUCCAGAGGCCCACUCCAGGCUUCAUCUUGUCCAUCAUCAGAAAGAUCUAUCAGACUCGCUCUCCCAACUAUGUCUGCAGUCUGCUGAGAUCUACAGAGAACUGCCUCAAUCUGACCACCAGAGACCUGGAUACUGCUGACUUCGCUGCCCUGCUUUACAUCUUGCAGCACAGCCAUGGAGUCAAACUCAACCUGAUGUGGACCUCCACACCAGAGGGGGCACUAGAGAGAGUUGUGCCGCUCCUCAGCAAUGUGUCACAGCUCAGUGUUGACAGGCAGCAGCUGCUGAGGAUGCUCCACUGCUCUGCGGCUUCAGAUGUCCAGCAGGGGGCAUCGCUAGCUCUUCUUCAGGCCCUACAGCACAGACUGGACUUCUCCUGCUCCUCCGCUAUGGACCUGACAGAUGACACUCAGGAAGUUCCCAUGAUGCACCUGAGAACGGAGGACUGCAGUGUCAUCGCCAUGGUGAUAGGGAUCAGCAAGUCCACCAGGACCCAGCUCACUGUGCUGGACUGCCAUGUGGAGGAGGCGGGCUUGGAACACUUGUUCAAGGUUCUAGAUAACGUAACUCUGCGGUGCAGUAAGCUCCAGUUGUUGCAGUUUCUGGCUCUGCUGAGCGUUGGCUCUGAGAGUGAGUGUGUGAGGAGAGCCAAGUAUCUGUGCCUGGCUCUGGGGAAGGAGGUGGACCUCAGCAAUACGGUGCUGGACCAACGGGCCUGUGGAACUUUGGCGCUGCUUCUAGAAUAUUCUGAAGGGCUAUCGGAAUUGGACCUCAGCCACUGCCAGCUAACAGACACUUGCCUCCAGCUUCUGCUCCCGCACCUGCACAAAACAGCUGUAUUGGAUCUCAGUGAUAACAGCAUCACUGACAUCGGGGCUGAACAGAUCAACAGUAUAGUCCACGCAACAAGCUCUAUUCUGACAGUGAGCUUCCUCCCCACACUGUGAUGCAGCUGGACACGACGCUCUCUAUGGUUCCUCUGUAGAAUGUUGUCAACAACAAAAUUGAGAGACAACACCUCUUCGAAGGAGACAAGCGCUUUGAGCUCGAUAAUGUGGCCUGGUGCGUCAUAUACUAAGAACUGCGUGGAUUUCCUACUAAGAAAGUGCUGUAGCGGACCGCGGACGUGAAAAAGUUACUUACAGACAAACAAAUCCGGAUGUAUCAGUAAGUGAGUAACCAGGUUUUGCCGUGAAAUCUUGCGCACAUGCAUGAGUACAUGCAAGCAGAGUUCUACGCCAGGCCUCCUCCCUUAAAUAUU